CCUCACUCCAUUUUUCAUUUUCUUCACUCCAUUUUCUUCGUCCACAAAAGCUUCAGGAAUUGAAAUGGCAAAUGAUCAAGACCCUUUCACUGGUGCUUCUUCAUCCUCACAGAAGCUGCCUGACGACAUGUACCUGGUGGGCUUCGUGACGGCCAACAUUUUGUGCCUCAGACGCUAUGCCGGCGGUGUCAUCAGCGGAGAAAUGGUGAACCUUGUCCGUCAACCCGUCAACGCUAUCCAAGUGUUCAACCUUCUCAACGAAGAGGUCGGCCACAUCGAGUCCUCCGCUGCCCGAGUCUUAUGUCCUCUCAUGGACUGUGGGAUAAUCAUGAUCCAAGGUGUUAUUCCAAAGAUGUAUUGGGAAGGAUACACCUAUGAGGUCCCAUGCCAAAUUCACAUCUUUACCACCAUAUCUGCAUCCAUAACUGUCAAAUCCAUGAUUCAAACUGCUGGGUUGCACUUCAUUUCUGCAAAUGACCCUUCUAUGGCUUUAUCAGAGUUACCCAUUGUGAAAGAACAUGUGGAUGCAG